CCUAGCUUCAAUUUCACCAUCAUUUGCCGCAUAUCACCAGAAUGGUACUCAACCAAGCCUUUCUCAUCUUUUGUGCUUUUCCGGUCGUGUUCAUCGCUUGGUCCGCAUACUCGCUCGCGGAAAACUAUGUGAAAGCCAAAUCCACAGGGCUUCCCAUUACUCUCCGCUUUGUCUCACCUGGGUCCCCACUAUGGAUGAUGUUAUCGCCCCUAAUUAUGCGCAUCUGCUCAUAUUUACCCUUCACGAGCACGUUCAUUGCAACCUAUCGGCGUGGCUGGGAAGGGCGGCAACGGUGUCGGCCCCAUGUAGAAAUGGGUGACAUGUUCAUGAUCGUGACCCCAGGUGGCAAUUGGCUAAAAGUGUGUAAUGAUAGACUUGUUAGUGAGAUCCUAAAACGAAGAGACGAUUUUUAUCGCGACUUGGCUGCCUUUGAGGUCUUAAACAUAUAUGGCAAGAAUCUGGCAAGCACCGGGGGUGCAGAGUGGAAUCGGCAUCGCAAGGUAGCGGCGGUAACUUUCACGGAGAAGAACAAUGAGUUGGUGUGGAGAGAGAGCUUGAAGCAGGCUGGGGAGAUGCUGCAAUACUGGCUACACCGGUCCCCGCAGCCGAUUCGAACAUUGGCCGAAGACACGCGGGUGUUUACUCUGAAUGUGCUAGCUGCCGCAUUGUUCGACAAGACUUAUCCAUUUGAGAGCCGUGCCGAGAGUAAGCUACGGCAGAAGAAUGGCAAGAAGGACUCCGCAUUUGGCUAUCGGGAUAGUCUAUCGACGAUUCUUCGAAUGAUCAUCCCGAUUCUCAUUUUUGGAGAGAAGAAGCUGAAGGAAGCAUGGUGGUUGCCGGAAUCUUUCAGGAAGGCAGGAUUCGCUGUGUCCGACUUCCGCACCUACGUUACGGACCUAAUAAAUGAAGAGCGUGUUCUCAUUUCACAAGGCAAACAGAACACGCCAAACCUCGUCACCAAUCUUGUCCGAGCAUGUGAAGAAGAGAGCGACGGCAGCCUCAGUACGGGUGACUCGAGGCCUGGUCGCACAAUUCUCACGAAAGACGAAAUUAUCAGCGAUCUCUUCGUCUUUGCCUUUGCGGGGAAUGAUACCACCGCGAUCACUCUCGCGCAUAUUCUGGGAGAGAUGGCGGCCCAUCCUGAGAUUCAGGACUGGAUAUCAGAGGAGAUACAUUUCGUGCUUCAAAGCACGGAUAUCAAGACCUGGAAUUAUUCCACAUGCUCCCAACUAAAACGAUGCUGGGCGGUCGUAUACGAAACCCUACGGCUGUGCCACCCUCUAGGUCAGCUCGUGAAAACAACAGGCAACUUACCACGAACUCUUAAUUUCGACUCUAGAAUCAUCACGAUUCCGCCACAUACUACAGUGGAAAUCAAUCUCCCCGCCCUUCAAACACAUCCUCGAUACUGGGGUGCUGAUUCACUUACCUGGAACCCUAAGCGUUUCAUUUCCGGAGAUUCCAUUAACCACGAAAUUCUUCCACCUGAUACUACCGAGGUAUUCCUCCCUUGGUCAACGGGGAAGAAUGUAUGUCCCGGGAAGCGAUUUUCUCAGGUCGAGCUUGUGGCGGCAUUAGUUACAUUGUUCCGCGACUACAGGUUGGAACCGGUGAUGGAGCCUAGGGAGACAAUUGAAGAUGCCAAACUGAGAACUCGGAGACUUGCUGAAGAUGUUGAGAUGAGGUUGCUGCAUGAGAUCCGGGAACCGGAAAAGAUAGGUCUACGGUGGUCAAAGAAGAGUACAUAG